AUGCAUAUCUCCAAGAAGCUCGCCCUUGCGCACGAGCAAGACAAAGCCACCUUCUCUUUCGAAUUUUUCCCACCCAAAACUGCUCAGGGUGUUCAGAACCUUUAUGACCGGAUGGACCGUAUGCACGAUUUCGGCCCUGCUUUCAUCGACAUCACUUGGGGCGCUGGGGGCAGACACUCUCAGUUGACUUGCGAAAUGGUGAAUGCCGCACAGAGCCACUAUGGGUUGGAAACCUGCAUGCAUUUGACUUGCACCGAUAUGGAACGCUCUCAGGUAGACCAGGCUCUUCAACUGGCGUACAAAGCAGGAUGUACAAACAUUCUAGCCCUGCGAGGAGAUCCGCCCCGAGAGAAAGAGAAAUGGGAGGCAAAAGACGAUGGCUUCAAACAUGCAAAAGACCUUGUCACAUAUAUCAAGGCACACUAUGAAGACCAUUUCGAUAUCGGCGUCGCAGGCUAUCCGGAAGGUUGCGACGAUAACCGAGAUGUUGAUGUCCUCAUUGACCAUCUGAAGGAGAAGGUGGACGCUGGAGCUUCAUUUGUUAUCACCCAGAUGUUUUACGACGUUGACAUCUUCCUGGACUGGGUCGAAAAGUGCCGCGGCCGCGGUAUCAAGGUCCCAAUCAUUCCCGGCAUCAUGCCUAUUUCUACCUACGCCUCGUUCGAGAGGAGAGCCAAAUGGACUAAGUGUCAUGUUCCCUCUGACUGGUACAAGGCGUUGGACCCUUACAAGAAUGACGAUGCCGCAGUCAGAGACGUUGGCAAAGACCUCAUCGUUCAGAUGUGUCGCAAGAUCCUCGAUGCUGGUAUACUACAUCUUCACUUUUACACCAUGAAUCUUGCACAGGCUACUAGGAUGAUUCUUGAAGAACUGGCUAUGACUCCAGAGAAGUCCGGUCUGCCGCUCGACAAACCCUUGCCAUGGCGACAAUCACUUGGUCUCAAUCGCAGGGACGAGAACGUCAGACCUAUCUUUUGGCGGAAUCGCAAUACCUCAUACAUUGCAAGAACAGCUGACUGGGAUGAAUUUCCGAACGGCCGUUGGGGUGACAGCAGGAGUCCUGCUUUUGGUGAGCUCGACGCGUACGGCAUCGGCCUGAAAGGCACAAACGAGGCCAACAUGAAGCUCUGGGGGAAACCAAAGACGCUACAAGACGUGGCCAACCUUUUUGUCCGCUUCUUGAACCACGAUCUGGAUAGAUUGCCAUGGAGUGAAGGGUCAAUCUCCGCGGAAGCCGACAGCAUCAAAGAGGAUCUCCUAAGACUGAACAAGCGCGGCCUGCUUACCAUCAAUUCUCAGCCGGCUGUCAAUGGUGUGUCUUCGGACCACCCCGUCUAUGGAUGGGGUCCUUCUGGCGGUUGGGUCUAUCAGAAGGCCUAUCUUGAGCUCCUGAUCUUCCCGUCCAUCAUCGACACGGUCAUAGAAAGGCUCAACGCCGACAAGAAUCUGACAUACUAUGCGGUCAACAAGAAAGGGAAACUACUCACCAACGCGAAAGACGAGGGGCCAAAUGCUGUGACAUGGGGUAUCUUUCCGAACCGGGAGGUUGUCCAACCAACGAUUGUUGAGACUGUGUCAUUCCUGGCCUGGAAGGAUGAAGCUUUCCGCCUGGGACAGGACUGGGCGAAGUGUUAUCCUGCCGGCUCCGGGAGCAGGAAGCUUGUCGAGACUAUCAUGGAUGAGUGCUACCUCGUGAACGUCGUGAAUAACGACUUCCAUCAGACUCAUGAGAUUUUCGGUGUCUUUGAGGAUCUGCAACCCCAGGAUUUCGACAAGGUAUUCGAAGAUACUCCCGGUGACGAGACCGCUGGCGAGGGGGCUCGAAACGUCCUAAGUGGCGAUGCCCCAGUCGCAGUACUCGAAAAGGACAUUGUCAAUGGAGAGCAACGAAAGAUACCAUUUCAAACAAAUGGUGUUGCCUUGUCAAACUGA